CAUUCUGCUCGCUCUUGAGAAUAGAAGGGGAGCUCCAACCCUUCUGCGAACGGCUGCCAGCCUGCCUGCCCGCCAAGCUAAACAGAAUCAUUCUAUUACUUUUACGCCGGACGAGAAAACCCUUCUGCGGCAUUUUUACUCCUUCCUCGAGAAGGGAAGCAUCACGUCGGGCGGCAGACGUUUCCAGUGCCCGGAAACUCGCCUCUUCCUGCCUGAACGCAAGACGACCUUCCCGCUGGAGUGCGCGAAGGGCUUCCUGCCCCUUUGACCCACCGAGCCGGGCAGGUGAUUUUCGAAGGGAGAGGGCUGGCGCGGAGGGAGCGAAGGGGCCGGUUCUGAGCUGGAGGGACGCUUGAACAUUACCCUCGAAGUCCGUGACUCUUUCCUCCAAGGAUACAGCCAUGGGAGCCUUUAUCUCCGGCAACUAACUUGGGGAAGAACUCAGGAAGAUGAUGGGUAACUCGGAGAGCAUGGAAUCUACCCAACUCGUCCUUCCGAAGCACAUUCUGGACAUUUGGGCCAUUGUCUUAAUCAUCCUGGGUACCAUUGUCAUCAUGACUUUACUAGUAUUGUGCCCAGCAACAACGGUGAUUAUUUAUAGGGUUUGGACACACCCUAUGCAUCAUAAUGGUGCCGAGUGAUGGCCCCCUUUGUCGCUGUUUGAACUCUGCUUUUGAGGAACACAGGCUAAAUGCAAUAGGAAAAGCAGCCGAAUUAUCUGGCAGUUUUCAAGAUUAGGUUGAGCCCUGAACAGGCAUUAGUAAAUUGUCAGCAAAGAUAUGGUAGCAACACAUCUGCUCUCAGCAUGUGAUAAGAAGGCUACAGCUCACAAAAAGUAUCUUUUGAGUGCCUGGUUAUCUAUUUGGCUUAUGUCCACAGAACAUUACAUCCUGGACUUUAUCCCCACUUGUGGAAUGGGCUAAACUGCUACAGAAUUCCAGAUCCUUCCAGUUUUGAUUUCUGGUCUGUGUACUUCAUUCAAAAUGAGCCUUCGUGUUUACCAAGCAAACUAUUCCAGGGAACAAGGAGAUGGCAGAAUCACAGUGCUGUAGAGGACACCUUUAGUAAAAUUUAAAUUGUGGCUGCUUUGCAUAAACAAUUUACUUUAUCUGAUCUAGACAAUCUUCAUUCCACACAAAUCAGAUGAGAUGAAGAGCUAGAAGUCUUGGCUAAUAAAUUUGCGGUCCAUCUUUUCUCCCAGUACCCUCUGUUUCCAGCAGCACCUGUUAAAGAGGAUUAAAAGGGAGAAAUGAGAAGUCAGCAGAUAAGUGACUUGUGGAAAUCAUAUUUGGUAUCUACUGCAGUUGAACACUACAUUCAUAAUGGGAGGUUUAUUUUAAAGAAAUUAAAUGAACAUAAUAUAGGGAAAGAGAAGGGAGAGGCUAAGAUUCUAGAAAAAAUACUUUACUGUCAGGGAUUGGUGUAGGAUGUGACCAUGAGAAAAUAAAAUUAAAAAAACCUUUCCAUUUGUGAAGCUAGAUUUCAUGAUAGGAAGGUCUAUCUCAAAACAUAUUUUACAGUCAUUGUGCUAUACAAGUAGUAGUAUGAUGGAGGGUUUAUUAUUAUUAUUUUAAGGAGAUUGAUUUCAGUCAUCAAACCUUUUAAAAAUAUGUUCUCUUUUUAGUAAUUGGCUUCUUAGAAAUGCCACAGUAGCUUCCUUCAAAUGGUUGAAACAAAAUCAUUCAGAUUUCUUGGGGACAGCCAGUACACAUUUCAUUUACCUAAUAAUUUGCAUUUUCAAGGACCAGGCAAUGUAAUGCCCUUUCUUUUUCUCCCAUAGUUAACCCUGUCAGGAAUGAACACAUUCAAGUCACACUUGUUUUCCAUUCCCUUGUUCAGUAGAGCUGGUAGUGUCUCAUCUGCAGAGGCUAUUAGACCUCUUAAGAUCUACAGAGAACAGAAAAAUGUAGCAGGGAUUUUGGUUCAGGUCUUGAAAUGUUUUGGUAGGUGAAAAAUACUGCAGCGUUUAAUAAAUGACACAAUCAAUACUCAUAUACAUACCAACUGACACUGAAUUCAUUUCCGGUCAACAUACCAUGAGAAAAUUGUUAUAUUAAAUUACAGUAUUAUACAAUGCCGUGUAAAUAAACUGUAUUGGUGCCUGA